UCAGCAACAUUGGGCGAACGAUUCGGGGCGCUGCCGGCGUCAAAAUAUGGCGGUAUCUUAUCGGCCAAGGAUAUGUGAUUUCUUUCUCAUACACUUAUUAAUUUGUGUUGUGUCUCGACAUGAAGUGGUGUCAGAUAGAACAAGCUUAAAAAUCUACCAGAGUCUUCAAGCAGAUUAUUUCUGCUUCAAAAGAUUGAAUGGAACUCAUGAGUUUGGAUGCUCGUCUGACCGGACGGGCAACGUUGGAGUUGUCCAUGUUGUGUCAUCUGUUGCUGAUGUACAGUACAUUACCAAUGCCGAAUCCAGUAUGAAAUAUAUAGCAGUUCUUCACAUGAACUUCUUCAACAUGGGCAACAUGACUUUAUUGCAAGACUCGGGUCACGUGACGGGCGUCAUUGUCAUCAGGAACAGGGUUCUCCCUGCGCAAGGAUUCUCUCCCGAUCAAUCUUGUCCCAACCGAAACAUGGGUAUGUAUGCAGAAGAUCAAGACUAUGCCAGCUGUGCCACAGGAAACUGGAAUCCACAGAACCCGGCAUUGAGCAUGUUCUUUGUCCAUUGGCAUUUUCCAAUCUUCAUGCUAGACAACGAAACAAGCAUCGAUUUCAUAGUGAAUAAGUGCUAUGAUAAGUUUAACAGACAUCAUGCAACAAACAAGCCAUUGUGUGCUGCUCAACUGAAAAGCAGGAUGAGUGCAGCCAAGGACAGUGUUACCUGUCUGAGAAGGAGCAACAUUGCAAGCACUCUGCACCCAGUUCGCUACUGUGAUCCACUCUCGGGCCGGAACGUUAUCUCUACCUUGUAUCCAACGUACAACAACAUGACAGUGGACAAUCGCUCAGUCAUUAUUGUGGGAUCGAGGAUGGACACAUUUUCUAUCUUUGACAACAUUGCUCCAGGAGCAGACUCUUCAGUGACAGGUUUUGUAACCCUGCUCUCAGUAGCGCAGUUACUUAAACUCAUGAAUGGAAAUUCUGGACCAGUUCCUCAGAAGAAUGUUCUCUUUGCUAUCUUCAAUGGUGAAGCAUUCGACUAUAUUGGUUCCAGUCGUAUGGUAUAUGAUAUGGAGAAAGGCCAGUUUCCAGCACUGCCAGUGAUGUCUGGCCUAGCCCCUGCCACACUGGGUCUUCAUCAUAUCUCGCAUUUUGUGGAAAUUGGGCAAGUGGCACCUUACAAACCAGAUGUCUACCUUCAUGCUGAUCCAUUCAGUACUAAAGAUGCCAAAGUCAAGGCUUCUGUUUCCCAACUUGUUCAAGAUCUCAAAGAGGCUGCACUAAAGGACUGGGCCAAAUUAAUUCUUCAUGAUGCCUCAGACACAUUGGCACUCCCUCCUUCUUCAGUUCAGAGAUUCCUCAAGAAGGACAAAAGUAUCCCGGCAAUUUACAUCUCUAAUCAUAAUGGUUCAUUUGAGAAUCGGUAUUACAACAGCAUGUUUGACACUGCUGAGAACUUAAACAGCACUGGCACAACCUUAGAUGAUGUUGCAGAGCAUCUGACUAGACUAGCAGCAGUCAUUGCUUCCACUGUACAUAAAAUGCUCACAGGAAAAGAACCUGCUGAAGUUCCCCAAGACAAACUCAGGGUCAAAGAACUUCUAGAAUGCUAUGUGGUGAAUGCUUCAUGUGCACUUUUUCAUGAAGUUCUGGACAGAGAUGCUACUCGACCAUUAAAAAGCAACCCACUUUCAUUGUAUAUAAGUGUGGACCCAACUGGCAGCAUGAUACACCCUGCUGCAAGGCUGACAAAGCUGGUGCUCUCUUACUUCACUGGCACAGUAGUAGAAAAUGUUGCAAGAAGCAAUUGCUCUAGUCACGCAGCAUUGGACAAGGUAUUUCAGUUCGAUUGGAUGGACGGCCCAGAAGGUAACAGUUCAGGGCUUUGCAUAAAGUCGUCAACAAUGUUUACACUUGCAAAGUCCCCAGCAUUUGAGACAGAUGAUGUAACGAGCAAGGAAUACUCAACAUGGACAGAGAGUGUGUGGGAAGAAGCCUCCCUGCAGAUCUUUGUUAUGCCAAGUUGGAGGCAAGAAGUUACUACCAUGUCUCUGGGCGUAAUCAUCUUCCUCAUAUCCCUCGCGCUGGUGCACGUGGUCAACAGUGAAGCAGCCAUCCUAUUCACACCACGCGCCCUUGUGGGUGUAUAGGGAAACGACACAAAUCACAUUACUUUGGUCGACUUGAACCCCCGCUCCAAUAUUGUGCCACUGCUGCCUUCCCCUACUGCAGUGUAGGAGAGCGCAAACGCAGUGUAGGGUAUUUUGUACGGACUACAGUCAGCAACUUUCAUGCUUUGCUCUGUUCACCGAUGGUUAUGUUUAGCUUACCAGUGAAAAAAAUGUCAAAUGGUCGCGCUAGUGUCUAAGACAGGUCCACGGCUUUGCGUGUUGUCUAGCCACGUUUCUUAUUGCUCGUUGUGUUUUAUUUGAAGUUUCUACUUAUAUGCAUGCAGCAGAAUAAACCUUCCUGCUGUCUUGUACAUAUUAUCAGCUUUCCAUGUCAUCAAGAUUUCCAUUGCUAGUGUGGUUGUUUAUACAUCUGCUAGCUUUGUAAACAUUUCAUUGCUGAGCUGUUUCAAGGUAAACGUCGAAGUAUUCCCUCACCUUUAUUUGUGCAGUGUCAUAAAACCCUCGGCUUCUUGUUGGUUUCUCUUACAAGGUGGAAUCUGCAACUAUGCUUGACAUUGAGAAAUACACAUAUACUCUUUUCAGUUACAAGUGCACAGUUCUGUUGCAUGUGUUUAUAACUAACUAGAGUGUGCGACCUCCCUAAACGUUAAAAAAAAUAAUAACUUCAGUUCUCACAACAAGCACUGUUUCAAUAUUAAGAAAGGUUGCUGCCAAAGUGUUCUGUAUAUGGCAAAGGGUUUGCAGUAUUUAUGAGUGAAAGUUGCCAACUGUAUGUUCGUUCGAGUGAGGGUACACAGGUGUUAAUUCCUGCCAAGCUCUGUUAGCCAGAGCAUAACAGUGCCUUAGUCCACCAAAUUACUGUGAUUUGUGGUGACCACAGGUUGCAAAGCAACGUUGGGUGAGUGCAUCGAAGUCUCGGUCCAUUCCAGAUGGUGCAAGAUGCAGUGCUCACAUGUGAGGAAAGAUUUUGGAAAAACAUUUCUUCCAAGAUACGUUUUUAGUGAUUGCUGCCAAGGGUCUAAAUGCAUCUGUAUAAAAUGUACUAUACUCUCGCAGAACUUUUGUAUCAUGUAUCCACUCCAGUUUACAAAGUGUAUCUCAAGUGUAACAUUGGGGUGAGUGUAUUUAUAUACAAAUUAGCACACUAGGAUCAUGGUGAUGUAAUUUUUCAGAAGCCAUUUUUAAGAAAUCUAAUUACAUUUUUUUUUUAGAAGCUGGAACUAACUAUACAUAUUAACAGUGAUGGAACUGCUGCGCCAGUUGCGCCAAAGUGCGCCAUUUGGGAUUGCCUGCGCCACCCUGCGCCGAAAAAGCAAUUUUCCCUAAUUCUGCGCCACAGCUGCGCCGAACAAAGAUGCCCCGGUUCGGACGCAUGAAAACGAAACAAAAACCGCGAGCGAUGCUCCCGCGCCCUCUCUAUUCUCGUGAUGCCUCUGGACAGCAAAGCCGAGUCAAGCCGUGUCGUUUCCGCCGAACCCGCCAAGUCGACGAAGAUUCUUAAACUGCCGGGAUGUCACUGCUGAACCGAAUAUUACGUUGUUGUACGUCAAAGAGAAGUUGUGAACAAUAAAGCGCACUGUUAGUGCAUCAAGUGUUUGCGUCCUGGGCGAAAGGUGGCUGUACAAAUUUACUGAACAUGUGGGCACGCCACGUGCCUGCGAUGGAAUAUUGGCUCGUUUGCAUGCGUUUUAACUAAUUGUGGAUGGGAAUAACUGACGACGCUGAUUCCGGAGUUGCCAGCGCCUGUACUAUGGAUCGCUCCACGCUUUCCGCUACUACGUAACAUCGCGCGUGCUCGCAGAGUGUAGGCGCGUAAGGAGAGCGCGAGAAAUUGAGCUUUCAGGACUUAAACCGUACGUGCCGAUAAUUGUUCCCAGAUGUCCUGAACCCCGAUAUUCGCCAUAAAGUGGAGAGUAUGCAUUGCAAACACGACGUAUUGCGGUGGGACGCAGUGGGAUACAUACGGCGGAGGUGCGCCAUUCUGUGAAAUUCUGCGCCAAAUGCAGCUUUUUUGUGCGCCAGCGCCAGCGCCCGUGGGCUCUGAGGCAGUUCCAUCACUGUAUUAAUUUCUGAAAGUUUCAGCUUCUCUUUUAGUCUUCACAGUCUUCUGCUUACAAGCCCAGCAUCUUACAGUAAUGGUUAUAUGAAAAGAAUAAUUAAAGGAGCUAAGUGUCAUUGCUUGCUUUAGCAUGCCGGCCUCUGUAUUAUUCUUUUCCAUCACUUUGAAGUGUACAUGGCCAGCUUGAUUUUCUUGCGGUCCAAUGCCAAGUUUCCGCUCUGUGUAGAUAUGUACAUGUUUAGUAAAUGAAUGCCACUGGGCAGACAGGC